AAAUUAAUCGUUACAACAAUAGUAAUCGGAAAUGAAACAUAAGCGGGAUUUAAAGCUACUACUUCAUCCAUACUUUAUCGUGAAUAUGCUACUUAGCGCUCUUUUUUUUAUAUCAAAAACUGUCCCAUUGUUUUGUACAUGGAUGUAUGAUGAUUGUUACAUCAAUCUCCAAGAAUAUGAAAUGUUGAUAUUUUUAGGAAGCUUCGUCGCAUUGCGCAAUAAGCGACAAUUCUCUAUUCCCGAUUAUCUUGCUCAUUUCUACAUGUUUGCUAAAAUCGUUAGUCUACUUAUGUUCUGGAAACAGAAUGUUGUAUAUGCCAUAUUAUAUGGUGUUUUAUGGUUAGUGCAAGCCUGUUUUUUACAACAACCUGUUUAUAAUGGGCCCGAUAAAGUUUUAUACUUGCGAGAUACUACCUUUGAACAAGAAGUUAUUCGUGGUAACCCUAAGGUAACAUGGCUCGUUGCUUUUUAUACUGUGUGGUCACCUGCGUGUACUAAACUACAACCUAUUUUUGCAGAACUGUCAGAAGAAUUCGGAACAGAUCUUAUGAAGUUUGGCAAAAUCGAUGUAAUACGAUAUCCAGAUGUCGGCGUCAAACAUAACAUUGAUACAUCCUCCUGGUCUAAACAGCUUCCUACUCUGAUUUUAUUUCGUCAAGGUCAUGAACUGACACGCAGACCAGCUAUAAUCAAUACACCUAAGAAAACAGUACAGAAAUUCACAUUCACUUGGGAUAAUAUGAUCAAUGCUUUUUCAUUAAAUGAAAUAUACACUAACCAGAAACAAACUUCUGGCGCUGCAAAUCAGUGUGGUUCAGCUGGUUCAACAGAUAAAGAUAAGAAAAACCUGUGAAAACAUACGGUUUCAUCGAGUUAUUGUGUUAGGUACUUUAUCUAGUCUUUCUUAUAUCUUUUAUUUGAACGACCUGCAUCUGUAAAUUAAUUUCACCAGUUAAUUUUUUCGCACAAUGUUUCGGUACUCAAAACCAAAUUUUUACUCAGUUAAAUUGACUUCCAUAGUUGAAUGCCUUGGUUUUAAUCCUUAGUUACUUCUGUCUUAAUGCUUUGUACAAAUUUAAGUACUCUUUAAAUGUCUUAUAUUGUAAAAAUGUUUUACUCUGAUUGAUAAACAGCUUGCAAGCAUGCUGUUGA